AUGCUUGACGAGCCGAUGCCUGGACCAUACUUGGUGCGCGCCCCCGCCAAGGGGUCCACGCCAGAGCAACGCUUCGAGGCGAACAAGACGGUCCUCCGCGAUAUCAUCGAAGUGGACCAUUUCAGCAACACAGUGCCCGAAAGCAUCGUCAGUCUUUGGCUCAAUGCGCUUAAUCCGAGGAACAAGACCCCUCUGCCACGCGACGUGAAGGGCUUCUAUGGCGGCGAUCUACGCGCAUCGAUCCCCAUCGAAUUGGCCCACGACUGCUACAAAUACGUCAUCCACGAAACCGACAAGACCAAGGUCGACAAGUACGCCAACAGAAUGCUGAUUGCGCUCUCCCUGCUGGACAUGGAGGACCUGUCAAAGAAGGACGCGAACCUUGCGGGGCUCGCGCUCUGGCAUACGGCUCUGGCACAGGCGCGGCUCCCAGGGAGCCUGGUUGAUCUUUCUGAUACGCUAAAGCGGUACGAGGCCAUUCGGCCGCGCGCCUCCUUGAGCGAUUCCAAGCUGCCACAGCCUCUUCGCCUGGUGGCACGAUUACUCACAGCAGCCGAGCAACUCGGAAAUGCUGAAACGGUAGUGCUGUUGCAAAAUUGGAAACCAGAAAACAGUACCUCGUCUUCCCCUCCCCUCUAG